CUUCCGUUUCCGGUUCUGGCGCCCGCUUCGGCUGUAAGGAUGAUCGGAGACAUCCUGCUGUUUGGGACGCUGCUGAUGAACGCCGGGGCUGUUCUCAACUUUAAACUGAAAAAGAAGGACACGCAAGGCUUCGGGGAGGAGUCGAGGGAACCCAGCACAGGAGACAACAUCCGGGAGUUCCUACUGAGCCUGAGGUACUUCCGGAUCUUCAUCGCCCUGUGGAAUGUGUUCAUGAUGCUCUGCAUGAUUGUACUGUUCGGCUCCUGAGAACCCAGAGCUCACCUGCUGGACGUCGAGGCUCCGUGUCUGUUCCUGAUGACUUCAAGAAUGUUUCUCACCGGAAAACCAGAGACUUCCCCAGAAGGCUGGAACUCAUCUGGGUGGAGAAUGUCCACUUCCCAGCCACCUGACCCCCAUCAGCUACAGUUCGCCUGUGCUCUGGGGUUCCAGGACAAGGCCAUGCUCCUCAGGAGGAGGACACACCUAAUCGUUCACUUGUCCUGGCAUCCCGCCUCUCCAGCACCUCCAGAAACCUGUCCUGGGCUGUUGGGUUGACUUGUCAGUGGUUGUAGUUUGAUUUGUACGGACUGUUCUCAAUCGAUGUGAUCAGGCACUGGAUGCAGGGCUGGCUGUGACCGGGAGCAGCCUCUUCUGCACAGCAGGGUCCGUGCUGGUAGACCUGACAGGGCCAGCGAAGUCUUGCUUCCAAAUGCCUCCCCACUAUGACAGGGUCUACCUGGGACAGCCGAAGUCACCCCAGGACUUGAAGGAGCUGGUCCCCUGCCCAUCUUUAGACCCUAAGCUGUUAGCCACAAAGGGUCUGGGUGACAUGUUUGGCUUCUCUGGAAGAGGCCUUUGGAACAAGUUAGCAGACACUUUGCUGUGCUUCAAGCCGGUUAUUAAUAAAGUGACUUUGGGGCCACCCUCCAUCAUUGCUCA